AUGAAUGAUCUUGGUGUAGCGAUAUUGACAAAGAACGAGUCAGCUGUGAAGACAUUGAUCUAUAAUGGUGUGGAUGUCAAUCGUACAGACUCAGUUGGUAGUUUACCAUUACAUUACGCUGCUUACGUUGGCGACACUACGAUGAUGCUUGUGCUUAUCGAUUCUGGUGCUGAUUUGAAUGCCCAGGACACACUAGGUCUUACCCCUUUACAUCGCGCAGUUGCCGCGUUGCGAUAUGACGCGGCAGAGCUUCUCAUAAAUAAAGGUUGUGAUACUGCACUCAAAUGUAAAUUUACUUUCAAACACCUCUUACAUAUAUGCGCUAUCCACAAUGUGCCUAAUGUAGCGUACGUUAUUAUUACGCAAUCGGUAUAUUAUGUUAGGCCAGCUUCUGAGCUCUGUUCAUCUUUUGUUGUUUUAGAUAGCGCCGACUCUCGUGGAUGCACAGCUUUACAUCAUGCGGCAUAUCAUGGUCACAUAGAGGUCGCUGAACUCCUCUUAAAAGCUGGAAUAAACAUGGCUGCUGUUGACAAACUAGGCCGCACCGCUAUGCAUUCUAUGGCUUGUGGGGGCAGUUUGGGAAUGCUGGCGGUGUUGCGAGAAGCGGGUGCGUCAAUCACAGUCCGUGAUUUCCAUGGACGAACUGUGGCCCAUUAUUCUGCGAUGGCAUCUCAAAUGGACCUGUUAGCAGCCCUAUUGAGGAUCGACAAAAAUUUCAUUAAUGCGAGGGACAAUGACGGGUAUACUCCUCUACACUAUGCUGUACAAAAUGGGCAAAAUGUAAAGACUAUCGAUCUGUAA